UUUUGUGCGCCAAAUGAUGCCCGGUGGCAAAUACAGUGGCAUGCAUUUUCCUGACAUCCUGUUGGACCUGCGCCAUCAGCAUGGUGUAGCCUUUCGCUUGCCGGGCAUAAUGGGCAAGAAUGAGUCUGUGGUGUCCCAAGAUCCCGCCGACUUCGAGCGAGUUUUUCGCGUGGAAGGAGUGUGGCCCGAGCGACCAGGCUCAGAUGUAUUACGACAUUAUCGAGGCGAGCUGCGAAAGUAUUUCUUUCAGGGCGUCGAAGGCAUCUUUGCCACCUAAGUUGAGCUACCAGAGAAAUUUCUACGAACUACACAUCUACUUCAGACAGGGGGAGACAUGGGGCAGCUUUCGAUCGGCCGUCAAUCCCGUAAUGAUGCAGCCGAAAACCGUCAGACUUUACUACCAAAAAAUGUCUCAGGUCAAUAAGGAGUUCAUUAAACGGAUACGGGAUAUUCGCGAUGGGGAGAGCUAUGAGGUGCCGGCUAGCUUUGAGGAGGAAAUUAAUCGCUGGACACUGGAAUCUGUUUCCGUUGUGGCACUAGACAAGCAAUUGGGUCUCAUAAGCGAGAAUCGGGAUAAUUCAAAGGCUAAGAAGCUCUUCAAUAGCCUAACUCAGUUUUUGAGGUUAACCGCUGAGCUUGAAAUGAAACCGUCCCUAUGGCGUUGGGUGGCCACGCCCAAUUACAAGAAGCUAAUCAGAACGCUGGACGAUAUACAGGAGGUGACCAUUGGCUAUGUCAAUGAAGCUCUGGAUCGCUUGGAAAGCCAACCAUCAGAUAAGCCGGAGCACGAGAAGAGUGUGCUGGAAAAGUUGCUGAAAAUUGACAGACGCGUGGCCACUGUAAUGGCCAUGGAUAUGCUGAUGGCGGGCGUAGAUACUACCUCCACCACCUUUACGGGCGUUCUGCUGUGCCUGGCCAAGAAUCCCGAUAAGCAAGCUAAGCUCCGGGAAGAAGUUUUGCGCAUUUUGCCACAAAAAGAUUCAGAGUUCACCGAGGCCUCUAUGAAGCAGGUGUCCUAUUUGUGGGCCUGUAUUAAGGAAGCGUUACGCCUGUAUCCUUUAGCAUCGGGCAAUGCCCGCGUCACCAAAUCCGACACUGUGCUAAGCGGCUAUCGUGUGCCCAAGGAGACGCCCAUCUUAAUGCUGUCACAUGGCCUGCACACCGAUGACAAGCAUUAUCCACGUGGCAGCGAAUUCUUGCCGGAACGCUGGCUACGGCAGAGCAAGGAGGCGAACGCAGCGGGUGGCGCUGAAUGUCCGCAUUCCUUGAAGGCCAGCAGUCCUUUCGUCUACUUACCCUUUGGCUUCGGCUCCCGCAUGUGUGUCGGCAAACGCAUAGUUGAAAUGGAACUGGAGCUGGGCAUAGCACGUCUGAUACGCAACUUCCACGUCGAAUUCAACUAUCCAACCAAGAAUGCCUUCAAGAGUUUGCUGAUCAAUGUGCCCAACAUUCCGCUGAAAUUCAAGUUCACUGACGUGGAACAAUGAGGGGAGAACCUUUUUGCACAAGAGAAACUUUAAAAUGUAACUAAUAUGAGUUUUAAAUAAUGGUGCAAAGGAAAACAGCAACGCAAUACAGUUGCAGCUCACGUAGCUUUCCUCCUACUUUCUCUACAAAUAUAUAUACUUGCUCCAAAAAGAUAUCAUUUCUAAUACUAUUCCAGGUAACUUACAAGUUCAGGUUCUUAAUAUUUAAUGAACAAAUAAAACAACACAUUAUUUUCUA